AUGGUGACGAUGCGAAUCAACGUUCUAUCAGAAGAAAACCUGAAAGUGAGUUCAGCAUACUCGGAUUCUCGUUAUGAAAUCGACAUCUUGCGAACAAAUGAUUUUCUGCUCACUGUGAAGAGUGAUUUUCUGCUCACUGUGAAGAGUGAUCAUUGUCAUACUUCGAAAGGGAUUUCAGAUCACUUUAACAGUCAUGUUCCACUUCAAAAGAGCAGCAGUACAUUUAGCGGCGAUUCGUCACCAUUGGAAAACGACGCAUAUGAAACAGAAACGAAUGAAUCGAAACUAUUCGUCACUCAACCGUCACACGAAGAAACUACCACAAAUGAAGAACCAAAGGAAAUAAUCACAGGAUAUCCGGAAGAGACGACUCAACCAACCCGAAGACGUUUCAUUUACGUUACGAAAAGACCUCGAAAAUCCAGAAAUUGA